UCUAAGCGAGUCAUUCAAUAGCUCAUUUUCGUUGAAAUAAGUUCUCUGUUGUACUAAAGAGACUAAUGACAUAUCUAUGAAGCAAUUUAUACGCAAAUGUGCUGGUUUAUGAAACAAUAAGAGAAAGACGUUAAGAUUGCAUCCUUCGCAUAAAUACUGCGCAGGUGUUCGUGUGUUUUAUAGGUGUUUAUCCUAAAGUACUGGUAGAUAUUUUCUAUCAAGAUAAAAUAACUUCGGUUUGUACUUGAAUCCAAAUCGUUGGGUUUUGUGCGACAGCGAGCAGUCGUAAAUUCAAAGCAUGGGAGACUUCGAGAUUUCUGAGAUUGAUAUCAAACAAAGACCAUCUUCAGCACUUCCAAGAUCAAUCAAAAUCAGUCCGGAGGUAGCCGCAACUCCGUUCCCGAAAGAAAAACAGUCGGCUUCAGCGCAAGAAAAGUGGAACGGCUUUGUUGAAUCUUCAACUCUGCAUGGUUUGCAACACGUGUUUGGCAGUCGAAGUCUGGCUCGUAGAGUUAUAUGGGCCUUGUUUCUUCUCCUCGGUAUUGGAUGGUUCUCGCUGCAGACACAAAAAUUAUUAACAAAGUACUUCAGCUAUCCCGUGACGACAAAAGUAACCUUAGUUUACGAAGAAAACCCCGAAUUUCCAGCGGUCAGCAUCUGCAACUUUAACAUGUUUCGAAGAACUGCGGUCAAAGAGGCAGGCUUUGAGGAGGUAUUGAGGUUUGCUAUACGACUUGACAAAUGUGCAAUUUUUUUGAUUUUACGAUCGGUUGUACUGUGUUAUGUUCAUGCUGGGGACCUGCUCUCGCAGUGCUAUCGAACCUGGGAGUGCAAAGAUGGUAACCCAAUUUUGAGGGUGAGACAGCCUGGGACGGACUUUGCACUCCACCUGGUGUUAGACGUGCAGCAGUGGGAUUACGGCCCGUUAGCAUCACGUGCAGGUCUCCUGGUACUCAUUCAUGAUCACGAAAUACCACCCCUGACUAUAAACCUUCCAGACCCAUACGAGAGCAAAUGCUUGGACAAAAAUGACAGCAAGAUACCUGGUUACGAGACAUACACAAUUCUUGGUUGUCUGUUGAUGUGUGAAACAAAAUAUCUAAUAGAAAAAUGUGGCUGUCGGGAUGUCGGAAUGCCUGCAAUUAACGGUGCCAGAGAGUGCGAUGGACUGGAAAUAUCAGAUUGUGUGCUUAGAGAAAAAGAAAAUUUUCAGAAACUGAAAGGUGCACAGUGCAAAUGUCCAUUGCCUUGUGGUGCGACCUCAUUCAGGCCUCUUCUGUCCUAUGCUGCUUUUCCAAGUGAUGAAUAUAUUAAACGAUCACAAGAAUUAUAUGCGGAUUUCGGUCACAACGCAUCAGAAGCCACCCUGGAGUUUCUCCAAGAGUACACGAGGUUUGUGUCAUUGAUGAAUCCAGGAAAAUAA